GACCGGGAGAACAGACACUGCGCAAUCAUCGGUGGAUAUCUCUCUCUCUCUCUCUGCUUUUCUGUGUCCAGGAUCCCGGAGAUCAGCAAUUCUGCAGAAGCCCGCAAACUCGCUGUGGAGGUGGAGGGGGUGCAGAAGAGGAUAACUUAUUCAGCAGCCAACAGAGGGAGGAGAGAGAGAAAGAGAGAGAAAGAGAGACAAGGCGAAGAGGUGCUGUGGGAGGGAGAGGGAGAGAUGCAUGUGCGAAAUUAAUGGCACGCAAGGACGGCAGAAGGGCGAAGGGUACCAGACGUUCGGUGGCUGCUGUUUAACCCAUUGCAUUGAGGAACCUUAUCGAGAAGCCUCCCAUAGAAAGAGAGAGAGAGAGAGAGGGAGACACACACAUUCAGUCACAGGAAGGGAAAAGCAGCGAGAGGGCAAAGAAAAAUCACCCUCUCUUUUAUUCUCUCUCUCUCUCUCUCUCUCUCUCUCCACCAUGAGCCUCACACAGUAUCUCCUUUGUCCAUUGGUUCUUUGUUUAGGUUCAUUGUGCUUUUCUCUUGCAAUGGCUGGAGAGUCAGUCACCGGCAUUUUCGUGGCUGCUCCACAGAGGGAUCUCACCACAGUGUCUAACUUGGACCUCCCAUCAGCAGAAGUGGAAACAGAUACGUUAUGGGCAGAGGAAGAAAUGGCAGACAGAUCAGUGGUUGAAAUGUCACUGACGGCGGAAAGUAUUCAGGAAGAAUUUAACAGCUCACCAUCCUGGAAUUCAGGAGUUCAUGAAGACCGAGGGCUGUCCUCAGACGCCAAUUCUCCUGCUCCUUUGGUGCCGUCAGCUCCGUGGUCCGUUACUGUAACCAGUGAAUCAGGUGCAUUCGCCUCCUUGCCACAGGCAUGGGAUUCCCCAGGCACCGAGUCCAGGCCAUUAAGCCGGGGGGAAGAGCAGGCAGUGCCAGCCACGUCACCGACAAGUGCCACGUUCACGAGAACCACUUUGGCUACAGUCAGCCCACGUGGGGAGACCCUUGGGGUUUUGGAUGACAUCGCCACGACAACGGGAUCUGACUCUGGCGAUCGACGGGAUGGACUGGAUGCUUUGCCGCCUGGAACAAGCUCGGCGGGUGAAUCCGAUGCCUCUGAUUUUCCCACAACCUCCUACUCAUCGCCACAGCCGCCUCAGCUCCUCCCGGAGAACACGGUGCUCACCGGAGCUGUUGCUACGGCCAGCACAGGCAGCAACGCUGUCACCUCUCAAGGUCUGCCAAUCACUGGCAGGAAGGGGAUGGGUUUCACCAUGACAGAUCCGGACCACGUGUAUUCACUGGAAGCGACAUCAAAGAUGGUGGAGCCCGGGUUCAUUCCCCAAGACUCCAGUGGUACGAAACCCACCGCGGCCAGAGAGGAGCCUCAGGAGACCACACAGCAGGUUAUCUGCAGAGAUUGGAGCAAAUUAGCCGGAAAGAGUUACGUCAUCCUGAACAUGACUGAAAACACUGAAUGUGAAGUGUUUCGCUCUCUCAAAGGAUUAAAACUGCUGAAACUGGUGGCAGAGUCUUUCUCCAGGAAACUGAGCACUCCCACUGAUUCAUGGCUGAUGGCUCUAAGCAAACCCAGCGAGGACGAUAAACACCUCCUGAUGAUGCUGGCAAGUGAUCGAGGUACAAUACCAGCAAAGGAGGUCCUUGCGAUGCUAGGAGAUGUGAAAGAAAACUUGAAAGAGAUUGGUAUCCACAACGUCACAUCUGCCACAGGUUGCCAAGGGAGACCCAGCCAACCCCGUGGAGAUUACGGGAAGCUCUUCAUCGUGCUCGUUAUCAUUGGUUCAAUCUGUGCCGUGAUCAUCGUCUCGGGCCUUGUCUAUAUCUGCUGGCAGCGACGGCUUCCAAAGUUGAAGAACAUGUCCCAUGGCGAGGAACUCCACUUUGUUGAGAAUGGAUGCCACGACAACCCGACCUUGGACAUAACCAUAGACAGCACGUCGGAGAUGCAGGAGAAGAAGCCUAGUGUGAACGGCGAUGCAGUGGAAUGUUCUGGAGGCUGGAACGCACUCAUCACCAAAGGAUCAAAAGACGAACCUGACAGUUUUGAAGAAGACACCCACCUUUAAGCGCCUCCACCACUUCCGAUUUAGUAUAGAAGAUAUAUUUUUUGAUGGACCCCUGUACUUUGCACAGAGGCAUCAUUGCUGAAUGAUCUAAUGCUGCGUUCUAAAGCUACAAUACCCCUUUGCUUUGUGGCACCAUCAGUCUGUGGUUCAACAAAACAAAAAAAAAACACCAAAUGUGCACUAAAAGUGGGCCAGUGGAAUUGUUUGGUGCAUACCUUGAGUAGAACCAUCUGAAAAUAAAGGUUGCUGGUUCACCUAGUAACUGCUCACUUUCGAUAUGAGAAUGAGCUGGCACAGUCAAUCAAAGACAUGAUUCCUUUAUUUCUGUGGCCCAAGUUUGAGUCCAGACCAUUAAUGAGAUGUAAGGCUCCUAGGCAUAACAUCAUGAGCAGUUCUUUCCUAAUGCACAGUGCAGAAUUGCUGGCUGUGAAUCACUGGUCUAUACAAAGGCUACAACGAUGGCUGGAACUGCCAGAAUUCAUGAAGCAUCAG